AUGUCGAACGGCAUCUUCUAUGAAAAGGCCGACGAGCAUCUCCGCCGGAUUCAGACGGCGGAGAGUGUUUUCCUCCCCAUCUCUCGAGAGGCAUUUGAGAAGCUCUAUCUGAGUCCCAAAACCCCGACAGUUGUGAGUGACUUGCGCAAGAAAGUGGCCAAUCCUACACCCAUUGCGUUGUUGGGAUUCUUACUCGCAUCUACUCCCAAUGCGUGUAUCACAAUGGGAUGGGGAGGGGCAGGUGGUAAUGGAGCUGCUAUCAUACCCGUUUUUAUCUUUUUCGGUGGAUUUGUCCAGGUCCUUGGUGCCAUUGGCGAAUGGAUGAUCGGUAAUACAUUUUCAUGCGUUUUAUUCUUCACAUAUGGAGCUUUCUGGUUGGCCCAGGGAGCUGGCAUGAUGCCGUUCUUCGCCACUGGGACACAUUUAUCCCCCACUGGUAACUUCCUUGAAGGCCAGAAGUCGCCCAUGUACGAUGCUAGUCUUGGGUUCUUCUUUGUCUGUAUGACAGUCAUCACGUUCAUCUACAUGAUUGGCUCCAUCCGGACCAACAUCUGCCUAUUAUCUACCCUUGUAAUGCUGGUCAUCGCAUUUGGUCUUCUUGCGGGCACCCAUUUCGCACUAUCCUAUGGGAAUGUCACUCUAGCUGAGAAAGUACAAAUGGCGGCUGGUGCAUUCAGCUUUGCUUUGUGUAUACCCGUCUGGUGGAUCUUCAUGACGCAGAUCUUGGAGGCUGUCGAUUUCCCCAUCUCGCUUCCUGUUGGUGAUCUGAGUACUGUUGUCCCCGGACGAAGCCAGCGAGCAGCGAAAGGCGAGGUAGAGCCCUGA